AUGGCUCGUAGCAGACAAACUGCUAGCAAAUUAACUGGUGGCAAAGCGUCGCGCAAACAACUGGCCACCAAAGCCGCUCAUAAAUCGGCUUCAGCGAUAGGAGGAGUAAAAAAGUCUCACUGCUACAGACUUGGGACUGUAGCGCUUCGUGAGAUUCGUUGUAAUCUGCGGUCAUGGCGCUGCGAUAAGGCAGUAAGGCUUAUCUUCUCGGUCUCUUCAAGAUACGAAUCUUUGCGCUAUUCAUGCAAAGCACGUCAGUAUUACGCCGAAAGAUACGGAAGUGCACACCGGAUUCGUGGUAAAAGAGCUUUUAUCCGGCAGAGAUGGAUGUUAUAA